AUGUCACGGAAGCCCACCGAUGUGGCGUCGAAGGAGCGCAACGAAUACAUUCCUUCCUUCAUUUCAAAGAAGCCGUUUUACAUUGACGACGAGUCCGGUGCGAAUGACUACUUGGAGCAUCAACGACUACACAAGCAGACUACCGACCAAUCGAAAUGGUAUGAGCGUGGUAAACGGGCGGGCCUGGCAGCCACCAAAUACCGGAAAGGGGCCUGCGAAAACUGCGGCGCAAUGACCCAUAAGUCAAAGGAAUGUCUAAGCCGGCCCAGGAAACUUGGUGCCAAAUGGACUGGAAAAGAUAUUCAAGCGGAUGAGGUUGUACAAGAUGUGCAACUAGGCUGGGACGCUAAGAGAGAUCGAUGGAAUGGUUACGAUCCAAGUGAAUAUCGACAAGUCGUCGAGGAAUACGAGGAACUGGAGAAGUUAAAACGCAAGGCUAAACAAGAGACAGAAAUUAAUCACAAAUCUAUGGAUGAUGAAGAUGAUGAGGAGGAUGUGACAAAUGAAGAGGCUCGGUAUGCAGAAGAGUCCGACAUGGGGAGACAACAAAGCACGGCAACCCGCAAUUUACGUAUUCGAGAGGAUACUGCGAAAUAUCUCUUGAAUCUUGACCUUGAUUCAGCAAAAUAUGACCCGAAGACGCGACGGAUGGUAGACAUGGGAGCCCAACAGGAUCAAGCUGCAGCUCUCGUCGCUGAGGAGAACUUUGUGCGCGCUUCUGGAGAUGCUGCAGAAUUUGAAAGGGCACAGCGUUACGCUUGGGAAUCACAGGAGCGUGGUAAUAAGCAGCUCCACCUCCAGGCAAACCCGACGUCCGGAGAGAUCCUUCGGAAGAAAGAGAAAAUAGAAACGGAAUCCAAGCGUCAAGCGCAGCGCAAAGCCCUCUUAGAGAAAUACGGCGGUGAGGAGCAUUUGGCGCCGACUCCACUACGAGAUGCUAUGGUGGUCGAGAAUGAAUGUUUUGUCGAGUACGACGAGACAGGUGCGAUAAGGGGCGCGCCUAAGAGGGCAACAAAGUCAAAAUACGCCGAAGAUAUACUUAUCAAUAACCAUACCUCCGUCUGGGGCAGCUGGUGGUAUGACUUCCAAUGGGGCUACGCCUGUUGUUUCUCGACGGUGAAAAAUAGUUAUUGUACUGGCGAGCAAGGAAAGAGAGCGUUUGAGGAAGAAGGCAACUUGCUAACGGUGUCAGACGAGGACAAUGAUUUCAACGCGCUGAUAGGAGAUGAAGGAAAGCAGCUUGCUGAGUCUCGUGGCUCAGAAAGAGUAGAAGGACCAGCUUCCAACCCAAAGAAAAGGACAUUGACGGAAAUAAAGACUGGAAUCUCCGAGGAGGAACUGGAGUCCUACAAGCGAAGCCGCCUUGCCCGAGAGGAUCCUAUGGCUGCUUUUAUAGGGAAGGACGAUCUUCUGCAGUAG